AAAACACAACUGAUUAGUUUCGUUUAAUAACCCUUUCAGUAGAAUUUCGUUGAAAGUCAUUCGUGUUUUAUGUAAAUCAUGAAUAUUACACCAGCCCUCAUCGAUUCUACAAAUGAAAAAUAUUCAUUUCGAGAAAUAUUGCCAAAACUAUCCUGUGCGAGUUCAGUGUCUAAAUUAGCUUUGGUUCGAGAGAAAUAUAAAAUUGAAUCGGAUGUUUUGCUAGCAGUCAAAUUGGAUCCCGCUGUACUGGAAGCUCAAGUGACCAUCGACAAUGGCAAAAAAACUGUUAGUAAUGAACAAAAUCAGAUUCAUAAGAUGAAGACCCAGAAUAAAAAAGACAAGUCUACCAAAUUGUAUAAUUCGGAAUUUGAAAAGGCUAUGUAUUUGCAACGAGCUGCACUAUUUUCUUUAUCAUCACAACAAUUCAGUCUCUUGAUGAAAUAUGCUGACACACUCCGCCAGCAACGGUUAUCUCAACAAAAACUCUUAGAGUGUGGGUUCUGCAAGAACAAUGGUCAAUCAGAAGUCUGGUACACAACCCACGCACUGAGAGACGGUAGAGGUCGGGUACGUUGUCCCAUUUUGCGCGCCUUGUCCUGUCGUCGCUGUGGCGCCACAGGUGACAAUGCUCACACCAUCAAAUAUUGCCCUCAGCGAUAAAAAUAAAGAUCAGGCAACCAUGACAGCUGAGCUGCUCAUUCUUAUACAGUUUUUAAUUAAAAAAAAUUACGAU